AAAUGGUGAAAUUCUCUAAACAGUUUGAAGCUGAGCUAAUUCCAGAAUGGAAAGAAUCAUUUGUUGAUUAUUCAAAGUUUAAGAAGGAGUUGAAGAGAAUAGAAUUAACAGAUGAUCAGCAACUAACUGACAUUGAAGCAGCCUCUGAUUUCUUUGGUUGUUUGGAUAAUGAGCUCAAUAAAGUUAACCAAUUCUACAGAGACAAAGAGAAUGAACUUCUUAACAGAGGACAAUCACUCAGAAACCAAAUGCAAAUCCUUACAGACUUCAACACCACCCUAUCAUCAUCAUCAUCUGGUUUGGUUACAGAUGAAGAGUGUAGAACAACAACAGAGCAAGAACAGAGGACGAUGGGAAGUGGACCAAAGCAACAGGCAGAGAAAAACGAGAAGAAGAACUUGAGACUCAAAGAAUCUCUGACCAAUCCAUGGCAAGAAGCAAUCGGAGGUGCAUCCAGAAGACUCCAUAUCAAUAGGCCAAAGUUUCGUCUUGCAGAGAAGAUGAUUAAGAAAGCUUUUGUGGAGCUCUAUAGAGCUUUAGAUUGCCUUGAUACUUACAGGAACUUGAACAUCCUUGCAUUUACGAAGAUUAUGAAGAAAUUCGAAAAGGUAACUAACAAACAAGUUCGUGACAUUUCUCAUAAAGUUGUAGAGAGCUCCUAUUUCAACAGCUCAGAUAAGGUUAUGAAAUUAAAAGAAGAAGUAGAAGAGAUCUUCAUCAAACACUUUGUCAAUGGAGACAGAAGAAAGGCCAUGAAAUACCUUAAGCCCAUUGAGCGUAAAGAAUCACAUGGACUGACAUUCUUCAUAGGCUUAUUUACUGGGACUCUUAUGGCACUCUUGGCUGGAUACAUCAUAUUGGCAAUUUUCCUUGGGACAUAUGAACAGCAUUCUGAUACAAUAUAUAUGGAAACUGUCUACCCAAUUCCAAGCAUAUUGGGCUUAAUAUUCUUGCAUUUCUUCCUCUAUGGAUGUAACAUCUUCAUGUGGAGAAAGAACAGGAUAAACCAUAGUUACAUUUUUGAGCUUAAGCCAGCAGAAGAACUGAAAUAUAGAGACGUCUUCUUCAUCUGUGCCACUUCAAUGACUGUUGUCAUUGGGGUGUUAUUUUUCCAUUUGGUCCUUCUUUAUAAAGGAUAUCCUUAUUCCCAUAUUCAACCAAUUAUUUCCUUCUUAUUACUGGGUUUCUUAUUGCUCCUUGUUUAUCCAUUCAACAUAUUAUACAAAUCAGCCAGGUUCCGUUUCCUUAGGGUUAUGAGGAACAUCUGUUUUUCACCACUAUGCAAAGUUGUCAUGUUGGACUUCUUCUUGGCCGAUCAACUUUGUAGCCAGGUGCCGAUGCUUAGGAACCUAGAGCAUUUGGCAUGUUACUAUGUAACUGGGAGCUACAAGAAUCAAGACUGGCAAUACUGUUUGAUGAACAAGAACAACAGGAACCUGGCUUACAUUGUUUCAUUUCUACCUUAUUAUUGGAGAGCUAUGCAGUGUGCACGAAGAUGGUACGAUGAAGGGGAAGCGACUCAUCUUGUCAAUUUAGGAAAGUAUGUAUCCGCUAUGGUGGCUGCUGGAUCUAAAAUGGCCUACGACAACGAAAAGAAUGCAGGAUGGCUUUCCCUACUUUUGAUCGCCUCAACAGUUGCGACUUUUUACCAACUGUAUUGGGAUUUUGUCAAAGACUGGGGCUUGCUGCAAUCUGGGUCUAAGAACCCGUGGUUGAGGGAUAACCUGAUUCUUCGUCGAAAAUGGAUUUACUACUUAUCCAUGGGAUUGAACCUAAUUCUGAGGCUUGCUUGGCUGCAAAGUGUUGUCCAUUAUAACUUGAGGAAUGUUGACUAUAGAAUAACAGAACUUGUUUUAGCAGGGCUUGAGGUGAUUAGAAGAGGGCAAUGGAACUUCUACCGAUUGGAGAAUGAACAUAUAACUAAUGCAGGAAGAUUUAGAGAUGUGAAUACAGUUCCACUUCCUUUUAAUGAUUGA